GUGAGAGCGGAUUUGAAGCAUCACCUAUGCAGGUGAAGCUUUUGUGUGAAGCAGAAUGGCAGAAUGGGGUGCAACUACUGAGUACAAGCUCAGGUAAAGCUCAUGCUGAAGAAGAGAUCUAUUUCUAGCGCUAUGUUAAAUAAGAAAGAUCUCUGGAUGACGUUCAUGAAGAUAACAACAUUUUAGAAGUCCUAUUUACUCCAUGAUUUCAUCCCCAUUCCUUAAAGAGGGCAUGAGUUGGACCAAAAAAGAAAUUCAGUGAAGAUUUUUGUAGUCCAUUGAAGAAUUUCUUUUCUUCCGUCUACCCCAACUCCAUGCUCUUUGAUCUCAUCUUGAUGACCAUUCAACUGUCUGAAGGAGGCAGAACUGCAACAGAGCAGAGGAUUCAUCCUUUUUCUAUGUAAUAAAACAAGUUUUCUCAAGUUCUGGAAGUAGCAGGGCAUUUGGUUGCUAACUGACCUGAAACUUGUGCUCUGCCUUGGAAAGAUCUGCAGUGGGAGGCAUUCACCUUCACAUACCCCACAGUUCCUCUGCAUCAGAAGAAAGGGUCUUAAUGUGCAAGAGUGGUUCAGGAUGAUGAUGUAACGUUGAUAACGCUGAAGGUCUCCCAAGAAUAACUGACUUUAAACUACAAGCAAGAUGCCAGCCAAGACGCCCAUCUACUUGAAAGCUGCUAACAAUAAGAAAGGGAAGAAAUUCAAACUGAGAGAUAUCUUAUCUCCUGAUAUGAUCAGUCCACCACUUGGAGAUUUUCGUCACACCAUACACAUUGGAAAAGAGGGACAACAUGAUGUUUUUGGAGACAUCUCCUUUUUGCAGGGCAACUAUGAGCUAUUACCUGGAAAUGAAGGAGAAACUAGAGUUAGCCAGUCUGGUGGCCACAAUGAAUUCUUAAGGGCGAACAGCACUUCUGAAUCCAUGUUUACAGAAACUCCAUCACCAGUGCUCAAAAAUGCUAUUUCCCUUCCUGCCAUUGGGGGUUCUCAAGCCCUUAUGUUGCCCUUAUUGUCACCAGUGACAUUUAAUUCAAAGCAAGAAUCCACCAGGUCAUCAAGAAAUCCUAGACUUAGCUGUGAGCCAGUAAUAGAAGAAAAAUUGCAGGAGAAAAGUAAACAGAUGGAGGAUGAAGAAACAUACAAAGAUGACAUAUGGGAGCAAAAUGGUUCUUCUUCGCAUUUUACUAAUGGUAGAGACAGUCACUCAUCCAGCUUUUCUGAACGAUGCACUGAUUGGCAAACAGUUGAUUUAUUUGAUGACAGUCGACUUUCAUGUGAACUAACCAAGACAAAGACUAAGUCAGAAGAAUCCCUUUCAGAUCUUGCAGGCUCUCUUCUCUCAUUACAACUUGACUUGGGACCUUCACUUUUGGAUGAGGUCCUCAAUGUAAUGGACAAGAAUAAAUCUUAGAACUGGUACUCCUUUGCUUCUUUAUAAGUGAUUCACUUAAACAAACAAAAAAACCAUAGUUCAAAAGUAGAGACACUUAAAAAUCAGCUGUAUUUGCAGUUGUUUGACGGGUUUUCUAAAAAUAUUCUUAAAAUACUAUUUUUUUACCUAUUGUUUUUCAUGAUUUUUAUUACACUAAAUUCUCAUAGCAGGAAGGUAAAUUUUAAUAACAGUUUUCAGCAAAUAUAAAAUGUUUUUAAGUACCAGUAUUAAUGAUCAAAAAUUAAGAAACAGAGUUUGAGGAUGAUACUGAUUGUGACAUUUGGUUAGUUCACUUCAAUGGGCUUCUGAAUAUGUAAGAAUCUCUAAGUGUCAGAAAGGAGACUGAUAUUAAUUAUUCACUUUUAUAAAUUAUUACAACAUCACUUUACAUGUAGGCCUCUUUCUAGAACCUUGUGUUUGAGGGUUUGAUAGUGUUUUUCUUCAUUUUCCAUAGUACCAUUUCUGUUAUACCUUCACUGUAACUACUUUCUCGGUCUUAUACUACCGCUCUGUAUUCAGAUGUGAACAAUUUGAAGGCUUUUUCAGCUUGAACACCUGGUCCAGAGUCUCAGCUGCUUUAAGUGAGUAUGCACACAUUUACACAAGUUGAGGCUUGGGCCUGACAUUGUAUAUGAAAUGAUAUGCUGUAAACAGGUGACACAUGCAAGAUAUUAUGGUUAAAUUAUUUUAAAAGUUGAAAUAUAUUUUUUGUGUGCAUAUUGGCUUUUUACUGCAGAGCCUACACAUACAAUAUCUCAUCAAAAUAGUUGCUUGGCAUUAUUGGUGCUCUUCUGAAAAUUGUAUAUUUGUGUGUUUGAAAAGAAAUAUGUACUGAUACUUCUCGCUUUUUUUCUUCAUUUAUUGCCACACAUGCUUAAACUUGCAACCGAUUAUUUUAAUUUUUGAAGAAGGCACUGGUUAUUCACAAUGCUUGUGAUGUGUGCUGCAACAGCCAAUGUUUUGGGAAAUGUGGAUCCUUUAAUACAGUACCUACGUGGAUUGCAUAGAUAUCUUGUGCAAUGCAAUAAAAAAAACCUUUAAAUUGC